AUGGCUGCAUCGACGGAAAGACAGGUCCGGGUCUCGCGCGUGGCGGGCCGGUAUCUCGUCUUUGACAUUGACGAUGUCGUCCAUAUCCGCCGUCACUACGGCAUUUGUGCUGUCCUGACGGGCACCAUGCCGCAGAAUCCGACGCAGAAUCUUUUCCUCGGCUUGCCCGUUGAGCUACACGCUGAGGAGGCUAGGUUGCUCGUCGACAAGGGCGCUGGCUACAUCGCCGAUGAGCUGACCGACCACCUGUCGCAGCUUUCCUCCAUGAACCCGUCGACCCGCAAGGCCUACCUGCAGCACCUCAAGCAGCAGCGCCGGAACGCACAGCAGGUCUUCGACGAGGAAAAGGCCAAGGUACAGGCGAAACACCAGGGCAAGUGCAAGGCCAAACCCGCUGCCGUAGCCGAGCCCCCCGCCGCAGUAACAGAAACCGAAGAAGACACCUCUCUCUUUGACACCCCCAAACCCGCCGCACCUCCCCUCUCCGCACCACCCAAAGAACCCUCCCUCCCGGGCGUAACCCCCACAACGAGCAGGCCCCUCCUCCCAGCCCCCACCCCACCAUCUCCCGUCAGCAUCUCCCGCCCGGCCAACUACCCUCUCUACCAGUACCUCAACGCCCGCGGGUACUACACGACGCCUGGCCUCCGCUUCGGCGGCGACUACAGCGUGUACCCGGGCGAUCCCUUCCGCUACCACGCGCACUACCUGGCCAACAGCUACGGUUGGGAUGAGGAGGUGGCGAUGCUCGACUUAGUGGCGAGUGGGCGGCUGGGCACGGCGGUCAAGAAGAGCUUUUUGUUUGGCGCGGAGAAGCCUGCCGAGGGAGGUGCUAGUGACGGUGGUGAUAAGGGAGGGGAAGGGGAGGUGCGGGUGUUUUGUAUUGAGUGGGCUGGUAUGUAG